CGCUGCUUUUGAUUUUAAAAUAUGCGAGGAACUAAAAUAAUCCAGGCAUCCCAAAUUCAGUAAUUUCGUAUCGGUAUUUACACGUGUAUGGGUGGGUGAAGGUGAAGGAGAGAGAGGGAGGAAGAAACGUUAGCUGAUAAAAGAGGUGGGGGGGGGAAAUAAAAAGGAUAAGCCCCAGAUCCCGUUAUUGAGACUACAGGAGAUGUUCAGGGUGUAUGAUGGACAUUAUAGGUCAACCUGCAAACAGUAGCAGCAGCAACACUUUGUGACUCGAGAGUACAGCAGGACUGGCAAAAUGAUGGAUGAAUUGGCUGUCUCCUCUGGAAAGGAUUUCACUGACCAUUCUUCUGACAGUCUUCUGGAACCAUCAGAAGAUCUAGACUCAUCCUUGACUGAAGAAUCAUCUUCUAAUAUCAACCCUCCCUGUCGUUUUUUCUUGGAGGGAUGGUGCCAUUUUGGUGCCCGCUGCCAAAACUAUCAUCCUGGUGAUGUUGGUGAGGUUCACUAUUUAAAAGAUGAUGGACCUGUCCAUGUUCCUUCCUUGAAGCUCACAGAAGGGAAGAAACCUGCCAUGAAAACAGCCGAGGAUGUCAUUUCCCGACUCCUCUGGGAUACACAGGUACCUGCUGAACAGUUUUCUAUCGGCUACCUUGACCGGUUCUUGGGGAUCUUGGAGGAAUCUUUUACUUCUUUCUCAUGGGAGGAUCUAGCUUCAGUUGGUCCUGGUGUACUGGCAAUCCCUAAACAUAGGAUCCAGUAUUUUAAAUACAGAGACCGUGUGGUUUGGGACAAAGUCAGUCGUACCGAUGAAGUUUUUGGGUCUACUGGAAGUGGGAAAACCAUCUUGGAAGUGAUAAAGGAAGAAGACACCCAAGCUAAGAAGGAACUAUCGGGUCUUCCAAAUAGCCUCCAAGUUGAAGAGGAGAUAGAUGGGGAUUCAGCCAAAGAGAAAGAGUUGAACCAGACAAGUAGUGGACAGAAGUUAGUGAUGGCUUUAGGGGAAGGGGGGGAUAAUUUGGAGUUGGUUGAAGACAUGUCCAUCGACCAAGAAGGAAACAUAGCCAGCAAAGAGAAGGAAAAAGAGGCAGUCGGCUCAGUUAAGUGUAAAGAAUGCAAACAUGCUUGUGCUGUCGGAAUAGAAAAUGAACCUGUGAUGCUGAGGAGAGAAAACGUGGAUUUGGAAAAGAAGGGUGGGAGGAGCUUCUCCUAUCCAAAGAAGCGCCCCACCCAUUUCAUAGCUAUUCCUAUCUCCAGCCCAGAAAUCCGGGAAGCUGUGAAAAAUUUCCAGGAGGCUCUAUGUGCUGUCAACUCAGAUUACGCUCCGUUCUGUGUGCCCAGACCUACACUGCAUAUUACGCUUUGCCUCUUGCACUUGGAUACCCCUGAAGAAAUCCACAAAGCAAUGAUGGCUCUGGAAGAACUUCAGGCUGGUUUUCAGCGACUGCUGCCCCCAGUCUUGCUUCUCUCCUUCCAUAACGUGGAGUCUUUUAAUUCACGGGUUUUGUACUUGGCACCAGACCCUGUACCCCAACUAGUAGCUCUGGCUCAAAGUCUGGAAGAUGCCUUUACUAAAAAGGGCUUGACUGUGAUUUGCUCUCCCUCCAAAGGGAAGUUCCAUUUGACCAUCGUGAAAGUUCCUCCUAGGAAGGGAAUGCCACAGCUCCCAUCAGAUUUGGCUUGGGCUCCUACGAUGGAGGAUUUAGGGGUCCAGGCAGUUGAGUCCAUAGGUUUGUAUGAGGUAGGAAAAGGCAAAAGAACUGAUAAUGUGUACGUCAGCAUACUGAAAUUGGAUUUAUAUGGAGGAAGUGGAACUUAGUGGGAGAUACUUUCCAAAUGAACAAUUUGAAACUGUGUGAAUUUCAACUCCCAGAAUUCCUCAGCAGCAUGUCUGGAGCACUUUCGCUAAACACUAAGGGAAAAGUUGAUCAAAAUGGGGCAGAGAAAACAAGAACAGGAACAUUGCGAUGUCGUUGUCAUCGUUGUUAGUUACAAAGUAGUGUCCGACACAGAGACCCCAUGGACAACGUUCCUCCAGGCUUUCCUAUCCUCUAGAGUCCAUUUAAGCUCAUGCCUACUGCUUCAGUGACUCCAUCCAGCCACCUCAUUCUCUCAUUCCCUUCUUCUUUUGCCCUCAAUCUUUCAACAUUGUGAGAAAGUUAUAAUUUUUGCCUUGCUUGAUUUAAGCAGAUUAAUAAUGCACAAUAAAAGCAUGUUUUUACAAUCCCUUUUCAGAUACUUUUAAACGGGGUUUAUAGGUAUGUUACAUUUUUAGAGAUUCCUUUGUAUUGAUCAUAGAAAUGAAGAAAAAGGGGACAUCAUCUUUUUCUGAAAUUGUGUAAUUGCUGUCCAUUCUGGCAAUAAAGCAGGACAUUCUGCUUUAAGAUGUUGUGAAGGGUUGACUGAAAUACUGGAAUUUUAUCUGUAUUAAACCAAAUCCUUUGAGGUUGCAAAGAUGGGAGAGAAUGUAGAACAAUGUAAAUUGUCUUCUGCUGUGGUUUAAUGUUUCUGAUCCACAGUCCCAAUAGUCUGUGGUUGAGGGAAAAGGUGCUUUUGCUUUUGUUUAGUAUAUCCAAAUAAAUGCAAUUUUCAGUUGUUAAAAAAAAAUGACCCCAGUCAUAAUAAAGGCCUUUUCAAUCAAGACAACUAU